AUGCGUCAGGCACUUAUAUUGUCGGCAAUUUUUGCGAUUUGCUUCUCGGAUAGCUCGAUUCGAGUUCGAGGCGCGUUCAAAUGCGACGGAAAACCGUAUCCGUACGCCGAAUUGCAAAUAAUCAAUGAUCGAUCGUUUGGAUAUGAUGUUAUAAAAAAGCAAAUCGCUUCUGACCACGGUGGUCAUUUCGAUAUCGCUGGAUACGUUGACUCGUCGAAGCUCACCCCAUUUCUCCAUAUUUGGCAUCGAUGUUGGAAGAACCCCGACAAACCUCAAUAUCCAUGCUAUCGUUAUUUUAAAAUCCAAAUACCCGAAAUAUUUGUGUCGCAUACUCGAAUUCCCACAACGACAUGGGAUAUGGGUGUUAUCGAAUUGCAUCCGGAUCAAGAUUUUGAAACAAUGGACGGAUGCUAA